AUGUCUAAAGUUGACAGUUCCCGCCAUGAGGUGUAUUUGCCGGUCGUAAAUUCUUUCUGCCUUCUCUGUUGUCUUUCUGUCCAUCCAUUUUCCAUUUUCUUCAUUUCACAUUUUCAUAAUGAUAUUCCAAGUCAGCCUCUUUCUCUACCUCCCCGUCCUCUUUUUGCUGCUGAUUUUUCUUUCUUUCUUUUUCUUGCUUUCUCUCGUUCUUUUUUGUUCUUUCUUUAUUUUUGGCUCUCUUAUGCUCUCUCAUUCUUUCUUUCUUUUCUUUCUUACACUUUUCUCUCAUCCCUACUUUCUUUCUUAGUUCUCUCUUUCUUUCUUUUUUCUUUCUCCUUUCUUUCUUUCUUUCUUUCUUUCUUUCUUUCUUUCUUUCUUUCUUUCUUUCUGUUUCUUUCUUAUUCAUUCUUUUCCAUGGUCUCUGUUAAACUUUCUUUCUUUCUUUCUUUUCUUUCUUUCUUUCUUUCUUUUGUUUUUUCAGUUUCUUUCUUUCUUAUUCAUUUUCUUUCUUUUUUUUCUUUUCUUUCUUUCUUUCUUUCUUUCUUUCUUUCUUUCUUUCUUUUGUUUUUCUUAAUUCCAGUCUCUGUUAAACUCUUCCGCUUAUUCAUUCAUUCUUUCUUUUUUUCUUUCUUUCUUUCUUUCUUUCUUUCUUUCUUUCUUUCUUUCUUUCUUUUGUUUUUCUUAAUUCCAGUCUCUGUUAAACCCUUUCGCUUAUUCAUUCUUUCAUCCAUGGUUCUUUUCUCUUCUUUCUUUCUUUGCUCAAUUUCUAUCUCUUCUGAUAUAUCCUUUCACGUCUCUGCCCCUUUUCAUUUCUCUCUGAGUUAA